AUUGUGCAAGUUUCCUUUAGCCAACAUGUGUGGGCGAUACGCCCUAGGUCUGCAGCGUGCUGAAAUACGCGCUUUGCCUGGAUACCCCAAUCUUGAAAUUGGGGAAUGGGUGAACGAGGACAAUUUCGUGCCCCGCUACAACAUUGCGCCAAACUCUCAGGCGCCCGUCAUUCGCAGGCGUGACGCGUCUUCACCGGACCUUCAAAUGCAGACUAUGCGGUGGGGCAUCCCAUAUGGUAAGGUUCAUGCAAAAAAUCAACAAGCCAUCAAUGCACGCUCGGAAAACAUCAUGGAAGGUGCGGGAAUGUGGAACAAAUAUCGAAGCAGUAAUCGUUGUGUCGUUGUUAGCCAGGGGUAUUACGAGUGGCAAAUAAAGGGCAAGGACAAGCUUCCCCACUUCACGAAACAUGCCGAUGGGAAGGCGAUGCUUAUGGCUGGACUCUAUCACGUCUCAGACGAAACCUACCUUUUUGCUAUAAUUACAACGAGCGCCAGCAAAUCACUUAGUUGGCUGCACGACCGCCAACCUGUCAUUCUUACAUCCCACGAUGACGUCACGAAGUGGCUCGACACUAGUUCGCAUGCAUGGUCUGCCGAACUCGGCAAACUGUUACAGCCGGCUGAGGGUCUAACAUGCUAUCAAGUUCCAAAGGAAGUUGGAAAAGUCGGUGCCGAGUCUCCCACCUUUGUUCAGCCCGUUGCAACACGCAAAGACGGUAUUGAGGCUAUGUUUGCAAAGCAACGCACCAAACAGGAGGGAAAUAAGGAGGGCAUCAAGCGCAAGCGUAGUCUAUCUCCAGUCAUAUCCUCAUUAAAAUCCGAACCAGCUGGGAAGGAGGAUGAGAGUCAUGAGACAGAGGGCAAGAAGCUCAAAGUUGAAUAACUGGUUGCAUAUAACACACUGUACCUCGUAUCAUCAUGUAUCAUAACCCUAACCCUAAUCCGUAUUAGGCAAGGUUGCUUCGCACUGCCUGCAGGCUGA